CCAAUUUGUAGCAGCUUUUAAGAACCUGCCUCGCUGAUCUCGAACACACAUACCUGUCCCAAACCGGUUCUGUUCACUGAAAAUGGCUGCAUCUACGUUACAUUUCAGAAAUCCCGCGGCUGGUGGCUGCCACGCAAUUGUAUCUUGCGGUGAUUGCUGAACUUGUGUAGUAGCAGAAUUUCUAGCAGCUUGCCAUUGAAAUAACAACUCGCGCGCUAGCUGGACUGCUAUGUUACUCGGCUGCAGCUGACCAUCCCAUACCUUGUCAUUACGACGUCUCCAAAUACACCAUAACAUCAUCGCCAAGUCCUUGCAUUCUUCAACUGUCAGCCUGCACAGUAAAGAGAAAAUACAAGCUGCAAAGCUCUCGGCAACAGCAUUAGUGAAAAGUUUUUAAAAGGUUGAAUGUGGCCUAAUUUUUUAACCAAAGUAUCGUAGCAAAGCAAUGGUAUUCAUUGUGCCACCGAGCGGCGAGAAGUUUUCCUUAGACGUAAACCCUAACGCCACCACUGUCCAUCAGUUGAAGGUCGCGAUCCAACAAUUCAACGGCAUGCCUGUUUCCAAUCAGCGUCUCUUCUUUUCCGGAAGCCUCGGACAAAACGAUUCCGAUCUCAUCUCUAACCUUGGAAUUGGACCCUUCUCAACCCUAACCCUGCACACCCCCUUUUAUGGUGGUGCCGCCGACGACGACACAAUAGGGGCAAACUCCAGUACCACAAAGGAGGAAUUAGUCAAGGAGACGGAGGUGGAGUCUGAUUCUGAGUCUGACAAAGAGGCCGAGGCCGAGGCCAAGGCCAAGGAGGAGGCGUAUGAAUAUUUCUUCAAGUACGCAGAUCUGGAAAGUAAGAUGGAGUCGAAUUCUGAUGAUGAUCGCAUUUUUGAAAGCCGUAGGAAGAGACUUGCUGCCGAAAAUGAAAAACAACGAACGCGUGUCAUAAUUGACAGAGAUCUGAAGAAGAUCUUUACUGAGUUGGAUCAUGAAUUGGAUCAAGAAUAUAAGGAGGGUUUAGAAGAAGACAAGAAGGUCAUGGAGGAGUUGCAGAAGGCCGAGGAGGCUUGGAAGAGGACCAAGGCCAUGGAGAGGGAGAAGGCUAAGAGGAAGGCUAACAAGAAAGGCAAGAAGGAGCUUGACAUGAAGAUCAAGGAGGCCGAGGCGAAGGAGGGAUGAAUAUUUCAAGAAUUAGAGAAGGACUACUAAGAAGAUUUGCACUGUUAUGUUUUUAAUAAUUAUUAUUAAUAUUAAUUGUACCAGCUAUCCUUUGUGUAUCUCUCUUGGAGAAUUUUGAUAUGUUAUCUCUGUUCUCUGGGUUGUUUCUGUUUUCCCAAAAUACUACCUUCAUAAGGAUUUAUAACUAUUUUGGAUUCAUUUUUUUACCAUGCUUUGAAUGUUUAAUGUUAGUGUUCAUACCUUCCA